CAAAAAAAGGUGUGUGGUGUUGGGUUUGAGAGCAUUAAUUUCGAUUGGGGCUUCAGUCUUUCAGAGACUUGGAAUAACAAAGUCAUCGACCGAAUGAUGUGGGAUUGAAAGGAAGAAAGAUACAUUCAGUUCAGCUAAUUGAGAUCGAUCAGAUAUGGAUAUACUGAAAACUGAGGCUUUUCUGAGGCUUUGUGCAACUUUAGUCUUUGUGUUGGCAGCAUGUUUAGACCGAUUCGAUAAUCAAACCAAGUUUAUCAUCUUCUUUGAGAGAAAAAUUACGUUCAAGGAUUUGAAAGCCCUCCAAGCUUUGGUCUAUGCUGCUUUUGGGGCUGCGGGUUAUAAUCUUCUUCAACUGAGUAGAUGCAUUUUCUUCAUAAGUUGCUUUCAUGGAAAUUUGUCCAAGAGGUCUUACAGAUAUCUUGCUUGGGUUUGUUACUUGUUGGACCAGGUAGUAGUUUACCUUACAUUUGCGACGAACUCAGCGGCGAUUGAGCAAUCAAUGCUAGUAGUAACAGGGAUGAAGGAAUUUCAGUGGACGAAAUGGUGCAACAAAUACACAAGAUUCUGCUUCCAAAUCGGGGGAGCAAUUUUCUGUUGCUAUGUAGCUUGUUGUCUUAUGGCUUUUACAACCUUCGUCUCUGCCUUCAAUCUGUUUAGACUCUAUUCGCCCAAGAAGUUCCUUCGCGUUAAAAACACAUGAAGGUCUUUUAAUUUUAAUUUAUAAUAAGCUUGAUGUAACUUUAUAUACAAAUAAUAUUUAUAAAUUCUAAUGUAUUAGUGUUAUCAGAAAACUUUAUGCCUUGAAGGAAUUUAAAGUUGGCCAAGCACAGUGUGUUGUU